GCAAGCAGCUGUAAUUAUUUGCGUGACAGCUGCAAAUGCAAUAUUUGCACACAUUUGCAGUGUUAUCGAGUAUGAUUAAUAAGUAAACUGAGCAUUUUUACUUGCAAAAUUGUCUGUUCAAAUAAGCGCGCACAUUACUCAAAUUGGCAAGUGCUGUUACUCAAAUUGGCAAGUGCUGUUACUCAAAUUGGCAAGUGCUGUUACUCAAAUUGGCAAGUGUUGGCAGAGGGCAACACUCUUUACCUGGAGUUGGCAGCACUGCUUGUGCAUUUGAGAAAUUCGUGUUUAUGUUUUUCUUAUCAUUGUUGUGAGAGAUGAGCAUAAACUGGAUCAAAAUAACCGAACGUGCACGGGAGGGCAUCAAAAUCAUCAAUGCCCUGCCCUACGAUACCUUCACCACGGUGCUGCUCUACGUGCACCGCCAGAUGAGUCCGGCGAGCGCUGGCGCUGCAGCUACUGCUGCGGGUGCGUCCGCCGCGGCGCCGGCUGUCAGCGUCGCGGGCAAUGCAACGGCCAGCGGCACGGUGGGCACGAGCGUAACGACCACGGAACGCACGGGCAGCGGCAACGGGACGAGCCAUACGAGCAGCGAGCCGGAGUAUACGCUGGAGGAGCUGGAACGUUUGGUGGGCGUGCCACGCGCAGAUUUUCUGCUGCUAAUCAAAACGUUCUCGUACAUCUUGCGGCGCAUCUCGACGUUCAUCAUCAAGCCCAGCCAUUUGCAGCGCGAGCUGCGCGACAAACUGCAGCUGCAGGACGAGGCGAAAAUCGAUGCCAUAUUGCGGCUAUGGGUGCGCCAGACGACGCCGAUGCUAAACAAUUUGGCCAGCGAGCGUUACGAGUCGAAUGUCAUUGAGGAUAUGGCCUGGAAGCUGAACGUGGAGAUUGCCUCGCAUUGUCAGCAGCGCGAGAAGACGGCGCUGGCCGUGCUGCAGCUGAAGACGGGCGCCGGCGAGGACAUCAACUUUGAGAUGACGCAGCCGGAGCUGCAGCAGCUGUUCAAUCAAUUCGAGCACAUCCAAUCCGAGUUGGACGCAACGCUGGCCAACAUGAAGGGUAACCAGGGCGAGCACUAAUUAACCGCACGAUUCCAAUCAAAUUUAUCUCGGUUCUAAUGCCUUAAUAUUAGCGCUAAUCGCUUGUAAGUUGUAUAUACAUAUUUAAUUGUAAACGUAUUUGUUUUUAGCUCUAAUCUAGUUUAAUUUGAAAUUAACAAAAUCAAAAACAAACAAAAAAAAAAAAAAGUGCUCGAUAACGCUUACGUAUCGAUAAGUUGUAUGCGCCACAUCGAUAACUGUCCAACGCGCAGUGUUGGACAUCAAUAAAAUCCGUUGCAAAUUAAUUUCAAUUACAA